AUGUAUGGGGACAAACGCCCCGGUUCAACCCUUCUCCACUCCUGCGUCAAUGUGGAGAUGCAUCCUUCUAGGAUGUUACAAGUAUCAAGAAUAUCAGAAAAUCUUCCAGUUUUUCCAUCUAAAGCUCUUCGUGCUUCCAGCUCUUCAAGUGCACGAUUUUUCGCUGGAGAAUGGUUGAUCGUUGUUGCAGGGAACAAAUUGUUUUUAUGGAAAUAUUCAAGAUCUGUAAAUACACAACCUCACUCUUCAUGUGUAAGUUUUGAUCUGCCUGUCAGUGAUCUACCACAUAGUGCCUCCCUAGUUGGCUUACUUUUCCCGUCGAAUGAUGCAGAGGUUUCACCUUUGCCUACAAGCUGUUUGGCACUUAGCUCUUGUGGUGGCAAUUUGCGCCUGUGGCCUCGAUUAACUCGGAACUAUGUGCAUGUAGAUACCGUACUACCAGCACCUAUCGGUGGACUGUAUGGGGAUCAAGCUAUUCAACUGGAACAUAUUCAUGUGUCCGGUGCAUUUGUGGCUGCCACGCGAACAGGCCACCUUGUGCUUAUUGACACACGCAAUGCUCAGGAUGGCGUAAAGACUCAUUUGAUUACGAGUACUAAUGAUGGUUGUAUGCAUUCAAAAGGAAUAUUAUCUGGUUUAGGCCGCCGUGUGUCGAAUUUCUUCAACUUAGUUUCUUCAACCACAAAUUCUGGAUUAAUUAAAUCGAUGCCAGCUCGUGGUGGUGAAAACUUUGUGUUUCUACGUUUAAUCACGUGUAUGUCGUCAAACGAUUGUGAGAAAUGCUUCUGUUUUGCGUUGUAUAAAAAUCAACUGGAUGUUUGGUCAGUUGAUUAUAAUUUAAACUGUGAAUGGUUCCUGUCAAAUGGUGAACGUUCACGAGUUCAAUCGCUUCUUGCUCUGCUACAUCGUUCUAACGCUGUAUUAAAUGCCACAGAAGUACACGAUACUACUAAUCUUAAUCCUAGUAAUAUUAGUAGUAGCAAUAACAGUGACAUGAUGAUUUCACACCAAGUAAUUAAUAAUACAUCAAUCAUCAAUGAUAAGAAACCAUUAAAUAUUUCAGUGAUGAAAAAUACACACCAUGAUUUGAAUCAACCUCAUUCAAUUGUAGACACAAGUAUAAAUAAUUCUAUGCUAGGAGUAACUAGUAAAAUCAACCAGUCUAUGCAACAUAAAGUUGAUCCUAUCAGUUAUCAGCGUAUUGAAUGCGAUGAUCCAGUUGAAAAAUUUCUACAUCGUAAAGAUGUACAAAUUCAUGCCUGGCCUCAUUUAAUGUCUACUGGACAAUUCGAAAAGGCUGCAACUGUUUUAUAUGAAGAAGCGUCUAAGAUUAUAUAUUUAACAUCAGAUCAAUUAAAUUCAGUGAAAAAUCAAUCAAAAUCAAUGUUCAAUAAGAAUCAACUUAUUAAUCAAUCUUACGACAGAAUGGAACUACAAAAGGAUUAUGAACAAGACAAUCAAAGAUGUCCAUUGAUUUCAAAAAUUGAUGGUUAUCUAAAGUGGAUAUCACUUCAAGAAUUGCUUGAUCAAAAUCAUGUUAAAUCAGAGUCAAUUUUUGACAAUACAUCGUCUGAUUCAGAUCCACGUUUUAAACGUGUUCUCUCUAUACCAGUAUUAGUUCGUUUAUAUGUGAAUAAUGCAGCCUGUUUAAAUGAAACCAUGAAAACUGGUGGUAGUAGUGGUAGUAGUAGUAACCACAAUGAUAACAAUGGUGAUCGUGAAGAUGAUGAUGAUGGUGACAAUGAUAAUCAGUCCAAUGAUAAACAUUUACUCUCUGAAAUGAUUAUGCAUUUUCGUCGAGCGUUUAUUCUAAUUGAUAUCUUACAGAUUGUGUCAGAUUUAAGACCAAACGAUGAUUGUCAUGAUCCUAUAGAAGCACGAGAUGAAUUGUUAUUACAUAUUUGGUGUCAAGCAAUUCGAAUGGAUGAAUGGUCUACUUCUGGUGAUGUACAUGAUCCUAUUGAAAUUUGUACACGAAGUUUCAUAUGUGCACUUGUAUCUGAUCUUUUCAAAAAUGGUGUCAAUGUAAUUUCUUUACUACCAAGUCCAGAUCAAUUGUUUGCAGCAGAUGAAUUGGCAGAUUUAACCAAAGAUCCACAAUUCCAUUAUCUCAUUGAGUCUGGAUUUGAACAUAUGAGAAAUAUAUUAACAUCACAAAAGGAUACACAAGAUAUUGUAAUGACAGAUAUAUGUGGUGUGUAA